AUGUCAAGGACAGAGAUCCUCAAUCUCGCAGGCCUCCGCCACGACAACCGGCGACCGUACGAGCUCCGCGCGUGCGCAUUCACCCUCGACCCACACCCGCAAGCCGACGGGUCCGCGUCGGCCACGCAGGGACUCACGCACGUCCUCGCCUCAGUGUAUGGUCCGCGCGAACCGCGGCAGCGAAGCGGGGCGGCUCAUGAUCACGCUGUCGUCACUGUCGAGGUGGGGGUUGCGCCCUGGGCGCAGGGCAUGUUGCGAGGGAAGAGUCGGGGGGAUAAACGUCUCGUCGAGAUCGCCGCGGCGAUUCGGCAGACAUUCGAACCUGUGAUCCAGACACAGCUGUAUCCACGCUCAGAGAUUGCUAUCCAGGUCCAGGUGCUGCAGGCUGAUGGAGGCAUCCUCCCAACAGCCAUCAACGCCGUCACUCUGGCCCUCAUCGACGCGGGUAUCGCCCUCCUCGACUACGUGACCGCUGUCUCGGUCGGACUGCACCUCAAGCAGGCCCUCCUAGACCUCUCUGCUCCAGAGGAGAGCGACCUCCCUGCACUCGUGGUCGCAUCUCUGCCUGCCAGCGGUAAAGUCACCCUGGCGCAAAUGGAGACGCGCCUCCACGUCGACCGGUUCGAGGACAUGCUCCGGCUGGGCGUGGACGCGUGCGCAGUCCUCAAAGUCGAGAUGGAAGCUGUGGUUAAAGCCCACACCCGCGCGGUCGUGGACCGGAUGAGUGCCGCCACAAUCGUGGCGCAGCCUGUUGACUAG